CAAACCUUCGUAACAUUGUGGCGCUGCAAUAAUGUUGUGGACGUGCAUGAAGAGGAACUCAUCGAGGAAAAUUAAUUAAUUUUGCCACUAACAAUAGUUGUUUUGCAGAUAUUUAUUGUUCCAACAUUUUGACAUAAGACAGUAGAACACUCAGCACGAUGAAGAUCACUCAGGCCUUAUUCAGACAGCAUCUGGGGAGGAUGAUAAAAUUCAACUGGUUCAUGGCCACCAAGAAGAAACCAAUUGAAACUCUAACAGAAUUUCAUCUUGGUAAACUAGGAAUUCCUAUCGUAGAUCCGAUAGACAUUGUGAACCCCAUUAGGAAAACCAUAGAUGUAUCGCCAUACUUCGAGCAUACCCUGGUUCCACGACCAAUACCACGGGACGUGAAUCAUCCGGAUUAUAAAAUAAAACCAUGUCUGAAAGUGAUGGGACACGAUUUAUUGGUCCAGGGCACUCAGCAAGCUCAGGUGCUCACAAAAUCUCUGCUUAUGGGUGACUCACUACCAGAGAGAGUCGAAAGUUUAAUAGAGAAUCCAAGUAAUGAGGUCAAUGAAGCUGUUCAAAGAAUUGUUCGUACAUCGAACAUUUACGACGCACAUCAAGAGAAGCUUCCUAAAAGAAGAAAUCCUGAAAAGCCUACUUGGAAUUACCGAAGAGAUUACGGUCUAACGGACGUUAGAAAAUCACGAAAUUUAAUUGAGAAAAUGCUUCAGCUUUGUGAGUCCCUGUGUGGAUUCAACGUAGCACAGCAAAGGCAGAUCGUUCACAAUGGAUUAGUGCAAGUGCCCUUAGCCAAGGAUGGACAGCUGGUGAAAUUCUCAAUGCCGAUAGAUUUACUCCUGACAUCGAUGAUCCCUUUGGCACCGAUGGGUACGGACGCUGACGCAGCGGAUAAAGCUCUUCCGGAGCUUUAUCCUCUUCUAUCAACGGCUGGUUUGCAGGCCCAUCAUUUCUACGAUUUGAAAACGCUGUAUCCAAUAGCCCAAGGAUCGCCUUGGUCGACUCCUCACACAAUUUUCAUCUACCACGACUGCCUGAAAGUGAAAAACUUGACUGAGCUACCAGUGGAGGUGGAUCAACUAUUUGCAAGAUCUCUGGUUGAAUCAUUUACAACGACCGCGACUUAUGCGAGACAAAAAUACGGUGACUCCGUGGGAGAUCUACCGGAGCCCUUAACGGUUCAAUGUGUCCACGCAGACGGCCAGAACUUCCACUUUUCCGUGUUUCAAUUGAACACUCUCAAUCUCGAGGAAAAAGAGGGAAAAAUGAAUUACUGGUGGUCUUCACCACAGAUACGUCUCUUCGAAAAAGCUAUGUAUGAGGAUGCACGACCAGUGUUUGAGGGAUACAAUCCCGAGGUAUUUAAACGAAUAUUGGCUUUCUACAAGAAUGUUUAAAUAAAGAUUUUAAAAGUUGUU